AUUCAACUCAGCGUCUCCAAAAGAUGGCGCUAUAUUGGUCGAGGCUACUUCGUCUGAGGUCAGUGUGUGUGCGGAAUGCGUGGAGGCCCAGAGAUUCCACCAUUCUCCGACUCGCAAGGGAACCCCAAAGCGUCAUCCCUCGCCAUGUCGUUCCCAGCGAGCAAAUACUCGCGGUACAAGCGCGCCACCGCCUUCUUCCUUGACUGGUUGCUACGUGCUCGUGGUCGAGGGCGGUUCGCCGGUAAGCGUCUGGAUCUCAACGCGUUCGAUGCGGUCGUGGAAGACAUCGCUCAAGACCCCACGACACUUACGCCCAAGCUGCUACAGGACCUCCCCAAGGCCCUGGGAGCUGGCCAAUGCGCCAUCACACUACGACAGCACGUGGCUCUGUUCUUCGACGACCAGGAGCGCGGCCACCGGCACUUCCUCGCACUAUUACGACGGUGGGUCGACACUCUGAAGAGCAUUGAGGUGGCGCAGGAACUCCCCGUUGAGAGGGAGAUCCGGCGAUUUGAGAACUAUUAUCAAGUCUUGCAGGUAGACGAGGACUAUUUCCCGGAUGAAGAGACGUUUAUUAAAGACAAAGGGGCUUCCAAGAAGUCCAAGGCCGAACGGAAGAAGCUAUUCGACGAGGCUUUCGCCCAAGAUCUUCAAAUGGAAGUUGUGUGCUACUUUAUGGAGCUGGAGGAGCUGGUCGAGGGCGUCUUCAGUAUCUACGACCAGGUGAAAAAGCAGGAGAAAACCAUGAUGGAAGCCACCGUCGUGGGGACUUUGGCUCUGCACAUGGCCAACCAAUUGACAGCCAAGCUUCAACUGCGCUACCCAACGUUGAAGUUGGCCGAGGAUUUGGUCGGAGUGCUGGUGUGCUACCCGUCGUCGAGUCUUGCCGCUCGCCUCACUAAGGCGAUCGCACAGAGACGAGCGAGUUUCGAGGCAAACGGAACGUUCGAGUUCGUGCCAGGUACGCUACUGCAUGACUUUAGCAAUGUAUGGCUCACUUUAUCCGUCUUCACGACGCUAUUCCCCCCGAUCGAGCCGAUCGAGAAGGCACACCUGAUCGCUCUCCCUGAUGGCUACUUUGGCCCAAACUACGGGGAGGAGCGAACGCCUGAAUACGUGUUACCCGAUACCAACCACUUUGUCGUUCUACUCGCUCAACAACUACCGUUGCUGUACACUGAAAUUGCCAGAAAAAUUGCUGUGAUGGGACGUGGAUACGAAGGACAAAGUGGACUGGUAGUGGACUUUAUGAACGCCAUGGAAGAGUAUUUGGCCACUCGACAAGUGACUAUCCAACUCGUCUUCCUCUGUAUAUGCUGGAUGCAGUCGGUCACAGCUCUGCAGGGCGACGCGGGUCUUACUCGCACUAUUGGGCUUACAAUUAAGCACACGGAGGAUCUGAUCCAAGUCGUCAAGACCUCGUUGCCCAAGCACUCGGUGCUAGCGAGUAGAGACUCGCUUCAUGCUAUUAUAGAGGACAUUAUGAACGGGUUCCACUCGUCGCUACUGCAGAACGACUUAGCACGUGCGAACCCGUUGUUUGCGGGCUCUCAGAUGAUGUCGAAUCACUUAGAGUACUUGCUGAUAGGAGGCGGAGACUUCUCCACAUGUCGAGCCUUCUGUCAGCUCUACAAUGCACUAGUCCAGCAGGGCUUUCUAGAGCGUAUCCCGUUCUUUGACGAGAUGCUGGACAUCUACGAGGAAAUGAUCUUCAAUCCAUCGUCACGAGCGACAGCGGUACACGGCUCCUACCAUCGCGUCUACCUGCUGGCCUCCAAUUGGUCCGGGAGCUCUAUUGAUGCAACGUACGCAAGCGCCUCAGCAACCGGUAAACAUGUGAGGGAGCGAAUGAAAACUGCGGAUCGGAACAUGGCGUCGCUGACCUAUCGACUAAUGCACGACGACAUGUCGUUCUUGAAAGGAGCGUCGUCCAAAGAAAUGCUCAAGAAAGCUGCCGAUGUUUGCUCCAAGGAGAUGUUUGAGACACGGAUUUUAUCACGCGACUUGCUAACGCUCAACGAUGAUCUUGUGGACGCGUUCUCGGACAUGUGCGACGCGCUGGGUCGACAAGAGAUUCGCGACGAGUUCAUUGCAAAGGCGCUCAAACACAGGCCGCAUGAUGUCAAGGUCAGAGAUGCAGUCGAGCACUCGGUGAUGGUUCCUCUAUUGGCGCUCAUGGACGCUUUACGCUCAGACGGAUCCGUGGAUUCCAAUGCUGUUCCGGCUUCUAUUAGAGCUACUGUGGAGUUUAUUGUGGAUGGGAGUUUUAUUCAGCGUUCAUGCGAGGCAGUAGCUGCUAUCAUCAAGGCCAGAUUCGCGACGCCUUCGCAAGUCUGCGAGCAGAAAUAUUUCACGUUUCCUGCUGGACCAGACUUUGUUAACCGAGAAUAUGGCUCGGUGUCGUUUAAAACGAAGACGGAGAAUGAGAAUCGAGAGCAGAUUUUCUCGGAUCUCAUGAGGCUGAUGAAGUCUAGUAGAGGGCCACUAACCGGUCGGAAUUUGAGCGUCCUCAAGGCUGAAAUCAAGAAGGACCCGCUUCUGUUGGGUAUGUUUUCGCGUGGCUCUGAGUUCAAUCCUGAUACGGAGGACAAUCACUGUACGCUGUUACAUCAGGCGGCUGUGGGUCCUGCGCGCGACGCGAAACUGCUGGAAUGGCUGAUCCACAUGGGAGCUCUGUUUAACCAGCCUCUGCACUGCCGAAAGGAGCCACGACAACGAGACCUCACGUGCCCUAGGAAGCUCUUGCCGAACACCAUGGCUAUCCACAGUGCCACGAUUGCCGGAUAUAGCCAAAUGGUCAAGCUCCUUCUUGAGUGGGACAACAUGGUGGACUUGAACACGCCCACGUACCAUACGAAGGAAACACUGGCACACUUGGCAGUCAAGCACGGACACAGGGAACUGUACUAUGGCCUCCAAGGCUACGGAGCGGAUGUCCGGAUCAAAGACGGGAGUGGACGACGUGUGUGUGAGGUGACAACGGACCGGAAGCUCGCGGAAGAGAUUGCCGUGAUCGAGGCAAGGAUUGAACUCACGAGCAGUAUGGGCCGAGGACGAAGAGAGAGACCUGGACUAUUUCAACAGGGUCUGACUCGUCUCGCAGAACACUCCCGGAAGUCGCUGUUCGCCCAGCGCGACGGAGAGCGACAACGAGCUUUGGACGACCUCACUACGAGCGCGCCGAUGCGGUCCAAGAGGAAAAAGAAAUCCAAGAAAGAAGCAAAAGACGACGCUGGAAUGACAGCUGGAGAUGCCGCUACUAGUUUAACAGCAGCCACGGGAUCACCUCCAUCUGUAGUGACUGAAGCCGGUACUUCGCCAACAGCAGCGGUGAUAGCUGCUUUGCUGGGAAUUGGUUCGAGCGAUGAAAAGCGUGACACUACGGUUCAGGAUUCCCUCCAACACACGAUGGCUGCAUUCACGCGAUUGCGCGAUCCCAACAUUGCCUCCGUUGACAAAGUACAAGACGUGCAGCACGUCUGCAAAGUGAUCCAGAGGUUGGACGACGCCGCCGAGGUGCAGGCCGAUGCCAACAAAAUUAUCAACACUGGCGUUCAACUGAGAGUCGACAUUUCGUAUGAGGCCACACAAGUGAUCCACAUGAUACAGAAAUUUUAUAGAAUGGAUCACGCUGGCGAACCUGACGCCGUUCUAGCUCCUGUGCGGGAACUCUGUGCUACAACGAUCGAUUUCGUCAAGUUUGUCGUGCGCACGGCACGUAUCAGCGUUUCUGUCGGCCGGAAGGCUCAGGCCAGUGAAGUUCUAGCUGCGUUGGAGAAGCGUCUGCUGAAGACACCUCUAUCUGAACGAGAGCCGCCAAAUUUUCGAGAGAUGGUGCAGACCUACUCAAAGGAGCGCGAUUUUGUGGGUUUGGGCAGAACGUCGAGUCCUGAUGCACUUCGUCGCUUGGAAUGGUACUUGAAAGACGCUGUGGAGAACCAUAAGCUUCUCAUGACUCUCGACAGAAUUGCUGGGUGUCCGUAUUACUUUAAGCUGGCAAUUGCCUCUGCAACGAGUGAGCAACAGCUGGAUCAUUUCAGGACGGCAAUUAACGGCCUUGCUGCACUAAAUGGUGUCGCCUGCUUUAGAGAUCGUGGUUGGUGUGUUGUUUAUGGCGGCGCCAGUAAAGACGAUGUUGCCACAGCUCGUGACUUGGUGAGCAAGGUAGCCACUAUUCAAGAUAUCCAAUUUGACGAGCAGAGCUCGCAGCUCUGCACCACGACCCUCCAAAUUGGACACUUCCAGUUCUCGGCUGGCGGAAUCCUUCGGAACGCUGAGGCAGCUUGAGAACACAGGGGUUUCAGCAAACUGCUACUUGCGAUGCAUUUUCAUGCGUGAUUGAUGUUUUGGCAAAUUAUGCUUAAAAGUAAGUUUGACACGCAACUAUCUGUCUACAACCUAAUUUUUGCCUGACAUGUUCAGCCUUGUAUUGUCUAUAAAUGUAUUAGUGACAACUUUUCCUAGCGAAAGAAAAAGUUGUUCAACGAUGCACUUCGGAAAAUAGAUUUUCAUUACCCCUUUCGAUAAUCUUAUCAUUAC